AUGCCAAGGUCGGGUGCUGUGACGUGUCGUCAGCUGGGUAAGGUCAGAGGUCACACCAACAUGGCGGCCACUGAGCUGGAAAGUUUGGAGACGCAGAAAACAGCCCCUCCCUCUGCAGAGUUACUGGACUGUCCCUUCUCCCUGCUGGAGGUGGGAUGUGCAGGGAAAGUUCAUGUCUGCCCCAGGGGGGAUACGGCCAAACACCCGCUGCCACCACUGACUACUCUCCCCCAUGGUCUGCCGCCGGUACUGCAGGACCUACAGGCCCAGUUGAGAGGUUACCUACAGCGCCCUGAGGACCUCCCCAUACAUGACUUCCAGAAGGCACAGAAAUCACUCGCUAACAAAUUGGAAGAAUACCAAUGCAUCAUGCUAGAUAACAAUGUGGAUGUCGGUGUCGUGUCGGAAACAUGGUUCUCUCCGGACAUGGCGGAGUCGUGUCUCUCUAUCGACGGAUAUACACUGUUCUCCAAGUGUCGCUGCACGAGACUGAGUGAUCACUGCAUGGUCAUGUGGGAGCCAAAAGCAGAAAAGAGGGAAAGUAGUACUGCAACCAAGACAGUCCGACCAAUCCGUGAUUCAGGCCGCCGCGCCUUCGGACAAUGGGUAUUUACAGGCAACACGGAUGGCACUGCUCCGAGUAUCCAGCCGUUCCCCGCUGACGUCACUUGCAGAUACCUGCGCUUCUUCCCAGCCGAGUGGAGCGAGGGCGGCAUCGCCUUCCGAAUCAACAUCCUCAUCAGUCGAGCUGCUGCUGCCAGCUUUACCCUACUGCAGCAUGGUGGCUCGGUGACCAUGCAGCACGGAGCAACGUCUAUACAACAGCAAUCAUUGACGAUGGUCGGUAACCUCAUCCCGGACGCGUCUUUCUCGGCUUCCUCGGAGCUGGACGCAGGCCAUGCCGCCGUGUACGGGAACCUCGGCAAGGUGGUGGAGGACGGGACGGUUCACUUCUGGGCUCCCAGCACAGAUCAGGCCGGGGAGUUUGUGGAGGUCGACCUGACACAGCCUCUCAAGAUCAGCGGCGUUGCCACAAAGGGAGGAGGCACCCGCUGGCUGACCAAGUUCAAAAUACAGCACAGCAUGGAUGGAUCAACCUGGACAGACUAUGAACAGGAGGUUACAGGCAAUACUGAUGGAGACGGCCAGAACCUCCAGCCCUUCGCUACUGCUUUCACCUGUCAGUAUAUCAGAAUUGUGACCGUGGCGGGCGGAUGGAGCGCCGGGGGAGCUGGGCUUCGGUUCAGCCCUCUCUUGGAACCAGGGGUGGCUCAAACCUACAUGACAGCCAUGCAGGCUUACAUGCAGGCUCACAUGCAGUCUCACGUGCAGUCUCAAUCAUUGACGAUGGUCGGUAACCUCAUCCCGGACGCGUCUUUCUCGGCUUCCUCGGAGCUGGACGCAGGCCAUGCCGCCGUGUACGGGAACCUCGGCAAGGUGGUGGAGGACGGGACGGUUCACUUCUGGGCUCCCAGCACAGAUCAGGCCGGGGAGUUCCUGGAGGUCGACCUGACACAGCCUCUCAAGAUCAGCGGCGUUGCCACAAAGGGAGGAGGCACCCGCUGGCUGACUAAGUUCAAAAUACAGCACAGCAUGGAUGGAUCAACCUGGACAGACUAUGAACAGGAGAUUACAGGCAAUACUGAUGGAGACGGCCAGAACCUCCAGCCCUUCGCUACUGCUUUCACCUGUCAGUAUAUCAGAAUUGUGACCGUGGCGGGCGGAUGGAGCGCCGGGGGAGCUGGGCUUCGCUUCAGCCCUCUCUUGGAACCAGCGGUGGCCCAAACCUACUUGACAGCCAUGCAGGCUUACAUGCAGGCUCACGCACAGACUUCCAUGCAGUCAUCCUCUCAACAGUUGGAUUGUUCCAAGUGGAGUGAAUGGCUUGAUGGGUUAAUGAAUGGACCACAAGCAGCCAUGAUCCCUCAAGUGGCACAAGGCUGCAAACCGGUUUGGUGCCGAGAUCCUGCAUUUGCUGAAGCAAAAGCGAGCUUACAUGCGGAAACCUGUGCAGACUUUGAUGCCGGUGCGGCAGGCGGCGCGGCAGGCGGUUCCAUGUCCAUGACUCACACUUCUGGUGGUGCAGCAGGCGGCUCAACAUCCAUGUCAACUGAGCAGUUGGAUUGUUCCAAGUGGAGUGAGUGGCUUGAUGGGUUAAUGAAUGGACCACAUGCAGCCAUGGUCCCUCAGCUGGCAGAAAGCUGUAAACCGGUUUGGUGCCGAGAUCCUGCCUUUGCUGAAGCAAAAGCGGGCUUACACGCGGAAACCUGUGCAGGGUUUGAUGCAGGUGCAGCCAUGUCCUCUUCCUCCAUGACCCACUCUUCUUCUGCCUCAGUCAGUCAGCAACUGGACUGUGCUAAGUGGGCAGAAUGGCUGCCAGGACUGAUGGCUGCCGCGCCCACCCAGGUUGACGCCAUCGGACAAUCUUGCAAACCCGUCUGGUGUGCUGAUGCCGCCUUCAUGGAGGCCAAUGCUGAACUUGCCGGAAGUGUAUGUGCGGCCAAGAAACGUGAAGAGAUCCAGAAACUGAGGAGUCUACUGGACAAAAUCAAAGAAAAGAAGGAGAUGAAGAAUUCUCCUCAAGUCCACUCGAACACCGACGAAGACAAAAAACUUGAAGCCAUCCAGGAGCUGAGGAGCCUUGUGGAGACACUCAAGGCCAAGAAGGAGGAGAAGGAGAAGGCCAAGACCAGGGCCGUACCAGAGCCGGUACAGAAGAGACUGGAGAAGGCACACAACCUGGUGGACCUCUUGGAGACACUGAUCGCUUGAGCAAAAACAAGCUCCAUUUUCCAUCCAGAAACAACGUAACAACACAAAAUGUUUCUGUAAGCACCAUCGUUAAGUUUUGAAGUUAAAUUAGAUUCAGUAAUCAAGGCGACGUCUUUGCCAGUAAUUGUGACAUCAUAUAUGGCCAGAAACACUA